AUGCACAUAUUUAACCUUUUCACUUUUCAGAAUUUGAUUACGAAUGUCCCAUACCUAUUUGAGAACAAGAUUGAAGAGUUGAAAUUGGUUCAUCCAACUCAAAACACACAAUCACCACCAUCAUCGCCACCACCGUAUAGACCUAUAAUUAUAUGGCAUGGACUCGGAGACAACUACAAUUCUACAGGGAUUCACAAGGUACAUGAACUUGUUGAUCAGUUGUAUCCCGGAAUAUUUACAUACUCAAUUUAUAUUGACAAAGACCCUUCUAGGGACCAGCAGAAAUCCAUGUUUGGAGAUGCUAACCGUCAAGUGGAGCAAGUAUGCCAGCAACUUCAACAUGUUAGCAGCGGCUUGUCAAACGCCGGUUCGUUCGACGCCAUUGGGUUUUCGCAAGGUGGUAUCUUGCUACGCGGAUUGAUUGAGCGGUGUCCAAACAUCAGCAUUCACAACAUGAUCACAUUUGGAAGCCCACACAUGGGUGUAAUGGAUAUGCCUUUGUGCAAAAAUGAUAAAGAUUGGUUGUGUAAAAGAAGGAAUGAGCUUUUGAAAAAACAGGUAUGGCAUGAAAACGUGCAGAGAAGCAUACUACCGGCACAAUAUUAUAGAGACCCAUUACAAUUAGACCAAUAUUUAGAGCAUUCCCUAUAUUUGGCGGACAUAAAUAAUGAGAGAAGCGUGAAAAACUCAACAUAUGUGGAUAACUUUACUAAGCUUAAUAAAUUGAUCUUGGUUACAUUUGCAAAAGAUACUACGGUAGUGCCAAAGGAGAGCGCUAUGUUUUGCGACGUAGACCCGGUUACAAAAAGAACAAUCCCAUUCAAUGCAACGGAUUCAUAUAUUAAUGAUUACAUCGGGUUGAGGCAAUUGCACGAAAGAAACGCAAUUGAUUUUUUAACAAUUGACGCAGAGCACAUGUCCAUCACAGAUACUUUUAUCCGGGACAUUGCCCUGGAAUACUUUGGGACCCCUAUUGAAAGCUAG